AUGCAGCCAUCCUCCCAGAAGGUCACCAGGCUCCGCCGCGCCUGCGACAUGUGCAGCUCACGUAAAGUCAAGUGCGACGAGAGUGGUCCACCAUGUAAACCAUGUCGCGACUUGAACGUCGAAUGCACCUUUGCGAGGGAGAUGAAGCGCCGUGGCCCCCCGAACAAGCACGCUGAAGCUGCAAAGGCUGCCAAGAGAGCCAGAGUCGACGGCCUGUCCCCGGUCCAGCAGGACGAUGUCGAGGCCUUGGUCGCUAUCAAUGCCCACAGCAACGUCCUUGAUGCCGAGGUCAUUGCGCCCUGGCCUGUCCUCACUCUGCUCGUCGACGACUUCUUUACCUACAUCCACCCACUGAUGCCAUUUCCCCACGAGCCCACCUUCCGAGCAGCCUUCAAUACCCGCGCCGACAGAACCAGCACCGAGUUCCUCGCCCUGGUAGCAAGCAUGAUUGGUAUCUUGGUUGCCUCCUUCCCCAGGAGUGCCCGAGCACACCUGAAGGCUACCCACAGUACUAGUCUCUUCCCCACAGCUAUCACCAUGAUCGAUCGUUGUCGCGCUGUCGCCAUGGAGGCUAGAGGCUCCACGUACAUGAUCAAGGAGGAUAUGACUGUCGACGAUGUUGCCACAAGCUAUUUCCUGGCCUUAUCCGCAGCCUAUACUCUGCAGUGGAAGGCCUGCAAGAGAUAUAUGGCCGAGACAAUGGCAUUCUGCAGGGAGUUGAUCUCUCAACGCCGAUCUGAAAAUGCCGCGACUGUCGCCGAGAUAGCCGCUGCCCUCGGCGGCACCACCAGACCUAUCGACCACAUCCAAGAUCAGAUCAGCAAGCGUAUCUUCUGGGUAAUGGUAGCCGGCUUGCGAUCCAUGACGCAACUGGGUGCCUCCAUUAAUGAGAUCCCGCUUCCGCCUCCAACGACACAGGAGCCCUACCCUGAUUUGCCAGUUGAGGUCGACGAUGAGUACAUAUAUCCGCACCAAAUACUGGCCCAACCAGAAGGGGCUGCAUCUUUGAUCACGGGCUUCAAUCACAACGUCAACACCUACAUGGCCAUGAACGAACUGGUGGGAGUCGACAUGUGCUAUGGCAUCAACUUUUUUGAGUGGUCCGCCCAGAAGUCCAUGCUCAGCAAUGCUCUCUCGUCCAUCAAGGCACACAUGGAACGCUUGCCCGACUCGCUGCAGAUCAAGGUCAACCCCGCGCAACUUGAGAAUGGUCUUGGCGCCGUCGCAGAUGAUCCGAAUCUGCGGUAUUGUCCUCCGGCAUUCCCGGCUACUCAGCCUCUCAACGAUGUACGCCACAUGCUAGCAGAAGAUCCCAACCGACGCCGACGAUUGCAGUUGGAGAUUCAGAAGGCUAACAUCCAUGCCUCUCAACUUGCCACCCGCUCCUACUUUGUAGAGCGAUAUCUCAACCAUCGCGACAGUCACAAACUACAACCAACGAACGAUGUCAAGAUCAACGGCGAGGACAUCCGAGAUGAGACAGACAACAUGGUCUAUCAGGAGCGUGAGUCCGUCGUCAGGGAUUUGCUCACUGUACUUACCUCGAUCACGCAACGCAACAUGGAGCCCAACGGUGUCUCGCUUGUCAACAAGAUCCGUCAGAUUGCAAGUACACUUCUCAACGACGCUACUGAACGCAAGGGUCCAGUCGCAAAACAGGCAGAAGAGUAUCUCGGCAAAUUCCUUGAGAUAUUGGUCAAACUCGAACGCACGGGGGCUAGCACUACAUCUGGCACCAUGACACCUCAAGAUGAGGACGAAGAAUUGCACCACUGGGCGAGUUUACGAGAUUACCAGAUUCAAUUCGUGGAGAGUGGCGGCUACCUUGGUUCUUACUAG